AUGAUAAGUGGUUUGUUUAAUUUGCAGGAAAUUGUUUCAAAUCCCAAAUUUGUUGUGGGAGGUCUUAGUCGAUUUGACGCAAAACAGGGUCAACUGGAUGACUGUUGUUUAUGUGCAUCUAUUUCGACCCUGACUCUUCAACCGGAUUUACUGGAAAGAGUAGUACCGCUAGACCAAAGUUUCAGUUACGGCUAUGCUGGUAAGUAUUUGUUUGUUGAAGCAAUAGCUAACUACAUUUUUUGCCACAUACAUCAAAUUUGUAUUGGUUAUACCUAUACCAAAAUAUUCCUAGAGUCUGUCGUUGUCAAAGCUUCUCCUGUAUUUUCAGGGAUUUUCCAUUUUCGGUUUUGGCAUUUUGGUGAAUGGGUUGAUGUUGUAAUCGAUGAUCGUUUACCAACUCUUAACGGUAGCCUAAUAUUUAUGAGAUCUGAGCAAAAAAACGAAUUUUGGAGUGCUUUGUUGGAGAAGGCAUAUGCAAAGUUAUGGGGAACUUAUGAAGCUUUGCCUAACCGAUGUGUCGUUGAUAUCAUGGAGGACUUGACCGGCGGAGUUACUGAGACAUUUUACAUUGAUUACUGGAUGAAAGAAGAUCUGCACAAGCUGCUUUUUAACGCUCAUCAAAUGGGAGCUCUAAUAAACAGCCUUAUUUACAAGAGCAAAGCAGAUGAUGGAAAAGGUUUGAUUCGUGGACACGCAUAUAGCAUAACAGAGUUUGCGCAGGUUAAUUAUUUGGGAGCUAAUGUGUCGUUGAUCCGAUUGCGGAAUCCGUGGGGAACAAAACACCAGUGGAGUGGGCCGUUUGGCGAUACCUCAACCGAGUGGAACUACGUGUUACCAAAUGAAAGAAAAAAACUGCUAGUUGUAGCUGAAGAUGGAGAAUUUUGGUAA